AUGGCUGUGAACAAUUACACAAUGGCAACUGAAUUCAUCCUUCUUGGACUAACAGACCGGCUGGAGCUCCACAUCCCACUCUUUGUGAUAUUCCUCCUGAUCUAUCUUCUGACAUUGGCUGGGAAUAUGGGGAUGCUUGUACUGAUCAGGAUCAGUCCCCGACUGUACAACCCUAUGUACUUCUUCCUCUGCAAUCUGUCCGUGAUGGAUCUCUGCUAUUCUUCCAUCUUUGCCCCAAGGCUCUUGCUGAGCUUAGCCCAGUUGAAAUCCAUUUCUUACGCAGGAUGCCUCACCCAACACUACUUUUUUGUCGUGUUUGUGUCUGCUGAAGGCUUCUUGCUAGCCACAAUGGCCUAUGAUCGCUACAUGGCCAUUUGUAAUCCAUUGCUGUACACGGCUGUCAUGACCAAAAGAGUCUGCAUUCACCUAAUAGCAGGGUCAUACCUUGGUGGGCUACUGAACUCACUCACGCACACAGCCGGCUUAUUGAGGCUCUCAUUCUGUGCCCCUAGCAUCAUCAACCACUUUUUCUGUGAUACCCCAGCUCUGCUGAAGGCCACAUGCUCUAAUAACCAUGUCAAUGAGCUGGUGUUGGUUACCCUCUCUGGGAUAAUUGCUCUUUCUACACUUCUGAUCAUCAUAAUCUCCUAUCUGUGCAUCCUCUCCUCUGUCAUCAAGAUCCACUCUUCUCAGGGCAGGUACAAAGCCUUCUCCACCUGUGCAUCCCACCUGGCAGUGGUCACCUUGUUCUAUGGGACAGUGAGCUUAAGUCACCUGCUACCCAGUUCCAUGUACUCACAGGACCAAGAGAAGAUCUCGGCUGUCUUUUACACCCUGGUGGUUCCAAUGCUGAACCCAUUCAUCUACAGCUUUAGAAACAAAGAGGUAAAAGAUGCUUUGAAGAGAGUGUUCAAGUCUCAAUGUGAAUAA